ACCACAGGCUAAAUUAUAUAUCCGCCCUGGUUCGUUUCAUAUAUCUGUGAAAUUCGCGUAAAUAAUUGCCAUGUGCAGCAUUGGAGAAGACGAUUUCGGGGAUGAGGGUGGUACCCAUUCAAUGGUUGCGGGAUCACAGCCUUCGGGUAUCGCUUUAAGCCCAGGGGAAUGCAGCAAGUGUGACAUCUCCUCCGAUGAGCUCUUUAAAAUCAAUUUUCGAACCCCGGAGUGUCGCGACUGUUUCUUAGCGUAUGCGAGGCACAAAUUCCGUGCCGCUCUGGGCGCCGCAAAGGUCCUUCCCAGAAACGCUGAGGUUCUUCUUGUUCUCGACGGCUCAGCUCAGUCCCUAGUUCUUUUAGACAUGCUAUACUACGCUCAGACCCAGAACACAUUUAAAAGACUGCAUUGCAAUGCACGUUUGGUGUACAUCGAGGAUCAACCGCUUCAGGGCAAUGAACCCGCGGAUUUGAAAUCUCUUGAGGCGCUGUCCAGACGAUAUGAGGCAUUUGAGUUCCAUGUGAUUACACUCGGAUCGCCGGUUGACUCCCUAAAACUGCUUAAGGACUACUGCCCCGGUGCCGAGGGAUCGAAUGAGCUCAUCCAAAAACUUAGUCAUCUGCGGAGCCUUACAAGUCGCCAGGAUUAUCUCAAACAGCAGCGGAAAAACCUUAUUGCCGCCGUAGCCAAAAAACUGCAAUGCAAUCAUGUUUUCGACUCUAGCAUAAGCGUGGAUUUGGCCACUCAGCUACUGACUUCGAUCGCCUUGGGCCGUGGUGGAAGUGCCGCACUGGACGUAUCUCUUUUGGACGACAGACUAGCUGCUGGAAUUAAGCUGCUGAGACCACUUAAAGAUUUGACCCAGCAGGAGGUGCUGUUCUAUGUGCAUGCACAACGUCUGGAACCACUUAUCAAGACAAACUCUCGGUAUGGUCAAGAGCAAGGGGAAGCCGCCAGCCUGCAAAAUCUCACAUCUGCAUUUGUGGCCAACCUGCAGAAAAACUUUUCGUCAACGGUGUCUACAGUGUUCCGAACUGGUGGAAAAAUUUCCGAGGUUACGCAACCUGAGCAGGCUAAAUGCAGCCACUGCCAGUCAGCACUGGACACGGAGCUCUCCGAUACAUUGCUCGCCAUUGAAUAUUCCCGGUCUGUUUCAGAGGCCGGCGUGCGUCUGUACGAAAACAGCGAAGACCCAGAAAUAGUUUCCAAGAGGAGAAUGGAACUAGGCGAUGGACUGUGUCACGCUUGCCGCAGAAUAGAAGCUGAAUUUGAAAACAAAAGCUUGUCAUAGGAAUCAAAAAUAUAUUUAUACCUAAACGU